AUGCGGUCCUUACUGGCAUUUACGGUCACGGCCCUCUCUCUGGGUGCUCCAGCUUUGUCAAAGCUCUAUCAAUCGAUCACCGACUUGAAACAGACACAUUACGACUAUGUAAUCGUUGGUGGUGGAACGGCGGGAAGCGUUGUCGCUGCCCGUCUUUCAGAAGACGAGAAAAACAAGGUUCUCGUCAUAGAAGCCGGCGUCGAUAAUGCGAACAUCCAAAACAUCAUAGUACCAUUCCUUGGAGUUCAAGCUCUCAAUACCCUCGUUGACUGGAAUUACACCUCGACGCCUCAAGUUGGAAUGAAGAAUAGGACUAUCCCCCUCGCUCGUGGGCAUGUACUGGGCGGAAGCAGUAGUAUCAACUAUAUGACAUGGAACAGAGGAUCAAAUGACGUAUGGGACACCUUCGCCAAACUCUCAGGCGAUGACGGCUGGUCUUGGAACAACGUCGAGAAAUAUAAUAGUGAGGUUUCUCGACUCGUAGCACCAGCGGACGGUCACAACACCAGUGGACAGAUCAUCCCUUCAGCUCACGGUAACGGUCCAGUUGAAGUCAGCUUGCCCGGAUUCGCGCAAGAACUUGAACCAAAGGUGCUCCAGACUUCGAAGGAGCUUGGAGGGAGAUUUAGGUAUAACGAAGAUUUCAACGCUGGAGAUAUGAUUGGUAUUGGUUACGUUCAGAGUUCCAUAGGACACGGUGAAAGAAGUAGCUCUGCUACUGCUUACCUCGUUCCAGCUCUCGGUCGGGAUAACCUCGAUGUUGUCGUCAAUUCCAGAGCUGUCAAGAUCCGUGCGUCCAAGAAAGCUCCCGAUGGCGGGAACACGACGAUUGAUACCGUUGAGAUCGCUCAGUCUGCAACUGGUCCCCGAUUCAACGUUACCGCAACAAAGGAAGUCAUCUUGAGCGGUGGUGUAUUCGGAUCGCCUCAGCUUUUGAUGUUGUCCGGCAUUGGUCCCAAGGAAGAGCUCGACAAACUCGGCGUACCCGUCGUAUUGGACUCACCGGAUGUGGGUAGAAACUUGAUGGAACACCCUUUGCUUUCCGUUUACUACACCGUCAACUCCAAUAACACCUUUGACGACGUCAUACGCGAUCCAAGUGCUGCAUCUGUCCUCCUCGAACAAUGGAAAAACAACAGGACGGGUCUCAUGGUCCUUCCUGCAGCUGGCAACACUGCAGCCUUCAUGAAGAACCCUGACAAUUUCACGGUUGAUGGGACGCCUGCAGGAUUUGAUCCUUCCACUGGCCCACGUAGCGGAAAUACCGAGAUAAUUUUCGUCAACGGUUUUGCGGCUCUCGGACCUCAAACACAACCCACUGAAGGACACUUUAUGACUGUCAUUGGUGGCGUCGUGUCACCGACCUCUCGUGGAACCUUCACCCUUAACUCCACCAACCCCUUCGACUACCCCAUCAUCGAUCCUCAACUCCUUACAACUAACUACGACGUCCAAACCAUGCUUCAAGUGAUGAGAGACGUCGAUACCUUCGUUGCUCAACCAGCAUGGAAAGACUACGUCAUCAAACCCCUGCGGGAAUUCGUUGAUGAUGCAGACAGGGAGGAUUAUAUCAGGGCAAAUUCUGUUACGAUUAACCACUGCGUCGGGACAGCCCGUAUGGGUCCGGGAGGUGUUGAGAAUGGAGUUGUGGAUGGGCAGUUGAGGGUUAAGGGAGUCAACGGCUUGCGGAUUGUUGAUGCUUCGAUCUAUCCUAUUAUCCCUGAGAACCACCCUCAGGCUGCUGCGUAUAUUCUUGGAGAGAGGAUUGCGGAUCUUAUUAAAUCUGGAAAGAGCUAUUAG